GUCCRCCUGCUAAUCUGACCGGCCACGUCAGCUGUGAAACAAACACCUUGACCYUCACAUGGGGGGUGGUGACAGGGGCCACCUACGUUCUGCAGUGGGAAAGGAUAGGAAGCGCAUCUCCUCCUUCAGAGUACACAACUUUAAACACCUCACACUCUUUGUCUAAUCUGCUCUGUGGAGAAAGAUACGCUGUCCGUGCUGCAGCCCAGGAGGUAGGCUGCAGGAGUAGCUACAGUCCAGCCGUAGAAAUAAGUACAGCUCCUUGUCAGCCCGCAAACCUAACUGUUCGUGUGGACUGUGGGACAAACAACGGGACUUUCUUCUGGGUGAAAAGCAGCGGAGCGAGUUUCUACGUGGUUGAAGUAACCGGGGAGCACGGCCACCUGGCUUCCUGCUCCUCCAACGACACUUCCUGCGCCAUGAAGCUUCACUGCGGCCUCUCGUACUCUGCAACGCUGGUGGCCUCCACCGAGAGCUGCAACAGCACCGAGGUCGCUGACAUUUACUUUGACUCCGCCCCGUGUUUGCCAGACGACGUCGUUGCUGAGUUAGACUGCAACACAAACAUGAUGAACGUGAACUGGACUCAGACCACCGGCUUGGACGAGUACACCGCCUGGGCCAUCAGCACGGACGGCCACCGAGCCUCCUGCAACUCAACGUCCAACCAGUGCUCCAUCUCAGGUCUCAGGUGUGGCAGGACCUACGAGGUGGCUGUCACCUCCUCCUCCAUAAGCUGUGAAAUCAUCGUCGGCUCAGACUACAAGGUCCAGUCUGCUCCCUGUAAGGCCGAGAACACCACAGCUGAGCUGAACUGCAGCUCCAACRCCAUGACGGUAAAGUGGCAGGACGGCGGCGCGGCGCAGAACUACACGGUCAGAGCCGCCUCUGCCUCGGGUGUGAACUCCACUUGCGACACAGCAGAGAGCAGCUGCUCCUUCCUGGACCUGAGCUGCGGUCAGCGCUACACCUUCACUGUGACGGGACACACCAACGUGUGCGUCAGCGACAUGAGCRACCCCGUGGAGAGGCACACUGCUCCAUGUCCUCCAACCAGCAUCUCAGCCCAUCUGAACUGUACGACACGUAAUGCUCUGAUCACCUGGACCAACGCAGCAGCCACUGCAGCCACGUCCUACGCUGCCCUGGCGACCUCCUCUGCUGGACACAACGCGUCCUGCAGCAACACGGGGACGUCCUGUGACCUGGACCAGCUGGUCUGCGGACAGCGUUACUCUGUCGCUGUCGAGGCGAUCCACGCUGGCUGUCCCGGACCUGCCAGCGCUCCUGUCACGUUUGCUACGGAGCCGUGCAUUCCUACGGACGUCUCUGUCGGUUACAAUGCGAGUGCCGCUUGGGUCACGUGGAGUCCAGCCGAAGGUGCCGCCUCAUACUCGGUUCAGGGGGUGGCAGACGGCGGGUCGUCUGUCGCCUGUACCACAACCAAUASCACCAGCUGCUUCCUCCACGACUUCCUGUGCAGUCACAUUUACAACGUCACUGUGACGGCAAGAAACCAGGCCUGUGACAGCAUCAACUCUGACAUGUCCCACCUCAUGACAGCACCCUGCCCACCCACAAAUGUCCAAGCAAGCAUUUCCUGUGAUCACCUCACUGCCACUGUAUCCUGGCAGCAGAGCAACCUCGCUGUGGGAUAUGUCGUCUACCUCGAUGACCAAAGUGGACGCUACGCCUCCUGCGUUGGCGCAGACGUAGAUACGAGCUGCGUUGUCUCUGGGCUGAGCUGUGGCUCGGUCUACAGAGUCUGGGUCAAGGCUCUGGGAAAGCAGCACAACAGCACAGACAGCUCUGUGGUCUCACUGACAUCAGCACCUUGUCAGCCACACAGUAUUGAAGCCUUYGUGGAGUGUCAGACCCACUCUGCCACUGUGUCCUGGCAGCCCGGCGCUGGAGCUGCGUCCUAUACUGCCAUGCUAACAUCUUCAUCAGGCCACACCAGCAGCUGCUCCGCCAACGCCACCAGCUGUCAGCCAAGCUCCCUGCAUUGCGGUGAAGAGUAUAACGUCACCGUAAAGGCCAUCGGCGAGGCGUGUGACAGCACGGCUCACAUGGCGGGACAACUCAUCACAGAACCAUGCGCUCCGGUCAAUCUGUCURUCCACCUGAACGGGAGCAGCGCCCAGGUGACGUGGUCCACAGCGAGAGGCAGCAGCUCAUACUCUGUGUUGGCUGUGACGGAGCAGGGCCUGACCGCCGCCUGCAACUCCACCGCCUCCCAGUGCUUCCUCAGCGGCCUGCAGUGCAGUCAGAUCUACAACGUCACUGUGCGGACCAGAAACUCGGCCUGCAACAGCACCGUGACCUCAGCGCCACGCCGCCUCGUUACUGCACCCUGCCCACCCACAAACGUUCGAGCCAAUGUGUCAUGCGAACAGCUUAGCGCAGCAGCUGUGUCCUGGCAGCAGAGCGACCUUGCUGUGGGUUACGUCGUCCACUUGGACAACCAAGAUGGCCACUCCCCCUCCUGCUUGAGCUCCAACGCAGACACCUUCUGCGGUGUGCCUGGGCUGAUGUGUGACACCGUCUACAGAGUUUGGGUCAAAGCUCUAGGAGAGCAGUACAACAGCUCCGACAGCUCUGUGGUCUAUUUUACGUCAGCUCCAUGUCUGCCCAGUCACGUUGCAGCAGACGUGAGCUGCGAGUCCGAAACUGAUGCCGUCAUCUCCUGGAACUCUCUUCUAUCGAUGCUGUCCGUCAGUCGACCAACGAACAUCUCAGUCAUGGCCGCCGUCGGAGGGACCCUGCAAACUCUGUGCACAGCUCAGCRCGGCUCCUGCAACGUAAGCGGCUUAAGCUGCGGGGAGACCUACAACCUCAGCUUCAUCGCCACCAACGAGCAAUGCAGCCUCACGGCUCAGACGCACGUCAACGUCACCACCCGCCCCUGCACACCCCAGCAUGUGUCCGUCAGUCUGCUGUGUGGCUUCCACUCUGCCCUCGUAUCCUGGGAAGAGAAACCCGACGUUGAACUGCACACAGCGAGUGCUGUCAAAUCAUCGGGAGGAGGAGAACUGAAAAUGUGCAACUCCUCAGGCUCUUCCUGCAGCUUCACUGGUCUGGACUGUGGAGAGAUGUACAACUUUACUGUCGCAGCAUACAGUGGCGGCUGCUGGAGCCGAUCCAGUAGCCCUACUCUCAUCCACACAGAGCCUUGCCAGCCUGUCAAUGUUUCCGCUCAGACGUUGUGUGAGAGUGAUGAGGUGCAGCUGUCCUGGGACCAGACUGGCUCUCCAGCUCAGUAUUCGGUCACAGCCAGGGGAAGCCUCGGCUUCWCGGGCGUCUACAACACAACCCACAGGUUUCUUUCAGCCGCUUUGCCCUGUGGACAGCACUACAACCUCACCGUGCGAGCACGGAGCAGCGACUGUGACAGCAUGAACAGCAGUCCCUUCUUCUUCAAAACCGGUCCRUGCGUCCCGCGGAAUGUGGUGACCUCGGCGCAGUGCAAUUUCAAUGCAGGCUCUGUCAGCUGGGCCCCCGGCGAUGGCGCUAAAUCCUACGUUGCUAGAGCAACGGGCCUGGACGGCCACACUCACCUGUGUGCCACAAACACCACUUCCUGCUCGUGGACCAACCUUCACUGUGGGGAGCAGUACACGGUUGUAGUGGCAGCCGAAGCUGACAACUGCACCCGCAUGUCCAACAGCUCCUCGGUCAUCUAUAUGAAUUCCUGCCGGCCCAAGAAUCUGGCUGCCACUGUGAACUGUGGCAUGAAGGUUGUUUCUCUUGUCUGGGACGUCGGCUACGGAACAGAAACCUACACGGUUUCGGCCAAGACAGGAGACUCGGCGAUCRGUCUCAGCACCAACGUCACCACCGCUCUUUUCUCUGACUUUGUUUGUGGCCAAAACUACAACCUCACAGUCACCCCUGUCAACCGUUAUUGUCCCGGCAACCCGAGCGCGUYCAGCUCCGUCCAGACCUGGCCGUGCGUGCCGGUGGGGAUCUCCGCCAAGCAGGACUGUGUCUCCAGCAUCGUCAUGGUAACCUGGGAUUCCUCCAACGGCUCAGACUACUACACAGCCACGGUGCAGACGGACACAGGCAUCUCAGAGAUGUGCAUGUCUGAAAGCGAUGCUUGCAGCAUUGCCGGCCUGACGUGUGGGUACAACUUCUCCGUGUCUGUCACGGCCUUCAACCAGCAGUGUAACGUCACCUCCAAAGAACCCGCGAGYCUGCAGACGGUGCCGUGCAUUCCCACUGACGUCUCUGUGAAACUGGACUGCUCCAAUAACUCGGCCGACGUGUCCUGGUCUCCCAGUCGAGGCGCUCUGCGCUACUCGGUGUUAGCCAACAGCAGUCACAGUGGCGACGGCUGCGCGGCCUCUGACCUCAGCUGCCUCGCAUGCGGCGCCAACUACACAGUUCAGGUGGUGGCGAUGGACGACAGGUGCUCCAGCCUCCCCAGUCUGCCUGUGCUUUUCGAAUCAGGCCCCUGCCCGCCUCACAACCUGAAUGCCGAACUCAGCUGUUUGUCCAACGACCUGACUAUCACCUGGGACGCUGUCAGAGACGUUGACCACUUCUUGGUUUCCCUAACUGCUGCGAACGGAGGAAACACCGACGUGUGCAACACCACAAACACCGCUUGUUCCACAAGCAGCUUAACAUGCGGUAAUACGUACRCUGUUCAAGUCACCUCUGUGAGAGGCGGCUGUCGGAGCGAGCACAAUCAGAGCCACAGCAUCCAGUCAGCGCCAUGUCAGCCUCAAGGCGUCAGAGGUUAUCUGAACUGUGUGACCAACUCUGCCUGGAUAUCCUGGGACUCGGCUGCUGGGGCGGACAGCUACACCGUGUUCGCUGUGGGAGGGGAGACCUACACAGCCAACUGCACCACCUCCACCAACACAACAUGUGAGGUCAAAGACCUGGCCUGCGGUGUUUCCUACAACUUCACCGUCAUCGCUAAGAACCGCCAGUGUGAGAGUCCAGCGAGCGCCUCCGUCAUCCUGCAGAUGGCCCCCUGCUCCCUCGCUGGUAUCACCGCCUUUGCUCAGUGCCAUAAUUCCUCCAUUCUCGUCGAGUGGGAGCAGAUGGGAGGCAACGCUGGAGGCACCGUGUACGUUGCCAUAGCGGCGGCCAGUGAUCACACCUACCUGUACUGCAACAGCACGGGCAACAGAUGCCUCCUCCAGGGAGCAAAGUGUGAUCUCAGUUACACCAUCAUUGUGGCCGCCUCAUCGGACCGCUGCAGCUCUUUGAGGAGUCCGCCCUACAGAAUUAGCAUGGAGCCCUGUGCUCCUAGUGAUGUGGCUGUGGACGUCUCCUGCAAAGAUCGCAGCGCUCUGGUGUCCUGGACCCCCUCUCCCGUUGCCGGAGCCUACCGCRUGGUUGCCAUGGGUGCGGACGGGCAUGAACACACCUGYAAUGCCACCUCCAGCAACUGCAGCAUGUCGGAGCUGCACUGCGGCCAGCAGUAUAYGGUAUCUGUGGUAGCUAGUCACGAGAACUGCACCAGCAAGGCCAGUCAGAGUGCGACAGUCAGCACAGGCCCCUGCCAGCCAAGUGGACUCUCGGCGACUUUCCAUUGUGACAAUCAGUCUGCCMUGCUGACCUGGAGGCCCAGUGGCAACGCAGAGGGCUAUUAUGGCUGUGCUCAGGCUGAGAACGGAGACAGGCUCUGCUGCCACAGCACAGAUCCCGGCUGCCCGAUCGCCGGGCUCACCUGCGGGACAGUUUACAAUUUCUCCGUGCAGGCCUCUAACGGGACGUGCAACAGCUCCAUCAGUGACCCGGUGCAGAUUGCAGGAGUCCCUUGUCCUCCUCUAGCUGUUGAGGUGGAGCUGGUCCCAAUGAAGAUUGAGAUCCAGGUGAUGCGCUUCACCUGGACGCAGGUCUUGUGCGCAAAAACGGAGUACCUGCUGACCCUGACGGGAAGUCUGCUAGGAGACGGCCAGGCUCUGUUUGAGAUCUCCUCCUACUGGACCAACGUCACGUACUUUGAGAUCCCUCUGCCCUGCGGUUCGUCUUACGUUGCCACACUGCAGAGCAGGAACGCGGCAGGAACGAGCGACAAAUCGGCGCCCCUCAGUGGAACCACAGCUCCUUGUCCACCAGCAGGAGUGGCCUACACAGGCAACAGCUCCUUCGCCACCGUUUCAUGGAGCUCAUCGGCGUUUGCAACCASGUACACCCUGUACGACGACAGUGUGUCUCCACGGAAACAGCUGUGCAGCACCGCCAUGCUGUCCUGCUCCCUGUCCAGCAUCUCUUCCAGGAGUCUGGUGGUCACAGCCAGAAACGCUGCAGGGGAAAGUCAACCUGCAAACGUCACAGAAGUUAUACAACACUUAGUCAGAAGGAGAGAUCUCGGCAAACAAAUACCUGAGAAUGGUAACAUCCCCGCACCGCUGCUGCACGUCAAGCAACCCUCGCCGUCUAUCCUUUUCCUCCAGUGGUCUCCGGUGAAGGGCGCUUCCUUUUACAACCUGCUGAUCAAGAACCAGGGCAGCUCCGACGACGACCAGGAGCUCACUGUGUACGGGGAGAGCAUCAUUGUGAGCGAACUGAGSCCCRACUCCGCCUACUGUCUCUCMGUCUUGGCUGUGAUCGCAGAUGUGAGCGGACCAGAGUCAGAGCCCGUCUGUGUGCAAAUAGGCCAACGGAUUGCGCUGUAAAUGGAGCAAAAAAAACAAMAACUUACAAAUAAAGCUUUACGAUGCAGGUCUACUAAAGAAAAAUUUUGUUGACCACGUUGGAAGCCCACUUAAUGYGACUUAUCCUGUACUCGGAGCACAAGGGCUUUAGAUGGAGAUUAUUGAAAAUUGUUUGGGUAGUAUUAUGGUUUAAGAUUCAAUUUCACACUUUCAGUCCUUUUGCUUUUUUUUGCUUUUGUAAAUUCUGCCUUAACUUGCCUAUGGGAAACAUAUCAGAAAGUGUAUAAACAUGACCACAAGAUGCACUUAAGUUUUAAAUGUAUUUUAAUAAUAAUAAAAAAGUUUUAUUCUAAUUAAAGUGACAAAAUCUU